AUGGAGAGGAGAUCACUAUGGAGGUGGUCAGGGACAGAUGAUGGGCCGUGGUGGUUUCAUGGUGGACGAGCUGCUCCUACCUGUCCUAGAUGUGGCCGCAGACAUCCAGGUGAAUGCAGGAUGGGUAAGGACAUCUGUUACCAUUGUAGGAGACCCGGGUACAUAUCUUGGUCAUGUCAAGGAUUGACAGCUCAAGCACCAGCUCCCAGACCAUAUCGGGGUGGUUAUCAAGUGCCUCGUGGAGGACAGCAGAGGAACACAACAUCGGUGAGAGUGUACGCGUUGACACCAAGUGACGCUGAUGCAGCUGGAGACAUAGUUACAUGUGCCACCCACUCUUUUGUUUCUGCGGUAUAUGCUAAAUUAAUGGGGUAUGAGGCACAGUUAUUAGAUAUGGGGUUAGCUAUAGCUACGUCGACUAGGCCAGUGGUGAGAUGUAGAAGGGUACUUAGGAGAUUUCCAGUAACUAUUCAGGGAAAUAUAUUGCCAGCUGAUUUGGUGAUAUUAGAUACGCAGGGGUUUGAAAUCAUUCUGGCUAUUCAGGUGAGAAAAUUGAUCCAAGAAGGCUACCAGGGAUUUGUUGCUUACAUCAAGGAAUCAUCGAAAGAAGAAUUGAAACAAGCAAAUGUCCCUGUAGUUAGAGAAUUCUCAAAUGUAUUCCCAAAGGAAUUACCUGGUAUUCCACCAAACCGUGAAGUUGAGUUUACUGUGGAUCUUCUACCGAGGUCAGCGCCAGUUUCUUUUCUUGGCCAUGGGAUCUCUAAGGCAGGUGUAUCUAUUGAUCUGAGUAAGAUAGAGGUUCCUCUAUUUCCCACCAUGUAUCAUGAAUAUAAGAAUCCCAUAGAAGAGGCUCUAGAGUCAAAGAGGAACCAGACUCUUGAAGGUGAUGCUUUACCUUGA